UUAGGCAGGGGACAAUUAUGAAGAAUAUACCAACUGAACCGGACUUCAGUUACUUCUUUUAUAAGAUAGAACUACAGUCAAACUUCAACUUACUGUACAGAUUUAAGAACGUGUGCGAAUUUGCCGUGCUUCCUGGAGUCGAAUGUGUGGAUGUUGACCGUGACACUGCGGAUCCAUUGGCUACGUUGUUCAUCUGCCAAACCUGCCCACCAGGCUAUUUUGGAGACGGUGUCACUUGUUCAUGCCUAGAUUCAAGAACGUGUGAGGACUUUCCGUGCUUCCCUGUAGUCGAAUGUGUCGAUGUUGACCGUGAUCCUGCAGAUCCGUUUGCUAACUUGUUCAUCUGCCAAUCCUGCCCACCAUUCUAUGUUGGAGACGGUGUCGCUUGUUCGAAAUAUACGUGUGCGGAUUCGCCGUGCUUUCCUGGAGUCGAAUGUGUUGAUGUUGACCGUGAUCCUGCAGAUCUAUUUGCUAAGUUGUUCGUGUGCCAAACGUGUCCCCAAGGCUAUUAUGGAGACGGUGUAGAUUGUUUUUUUACAGUUAAAUUUGUAAAAAUUGUCCUUUUAUUAAUUUACAAUAGUUAUAAUUAG